UUUCACAUUGCUAAAUAUAUCAAAACCGCCAAAAAAAAAAAUUCCCCCCCUAAUCAGAAUUUUUUCUUCUUAAUUUCUGUUCAAACUGAACAUUAGCGAGUUCUUGAUGAUUUCUGAGCAAAUUGAAGAAUUUCUUCUUCUAUGGGGGCAUUAACGAGCAAUAGGAAGCGAGGUAAUGAUUUUUUCUCUUCGAAUUACAAAACCCCACUUUCAAAUUUGUCCAAAAAGCUCAAACUUUCAGCUCUAAAUCCACCAUUAUCAAGUGAAAGUAAAUCAACUGUACAGAGGUUUUUCAAGUACCCAGAUCCGAUAAACCCAAUUCGAAGAGAAGUUCAUGCUCCUUGUAGGAAAUUGAGAUUUGGGUCUAAGCAAACGACGUCGUAUAUUGUGAAUUACAAGGGGGGUCCUGAAAUGGGUAAUUCUUCAUCAAGAAAGCAUGAGGAAACUAAAAGAAGUGAUUUUGUUGGUUUGAGGAGUUUGAAGAAUGAUACUGAAGUGAUACAUAUUGAUGAGGAUGAUGAGAAUGAUAAAGAGGGGGUUUGUGAGGAUUCGAGUGUCGAGGAAGUGGAAGCUUGGGGUUGUGAAAAAAGUGAUCUUUUGGGCAAAAAUUUGCUGGAGGUUGAUUAUGCUAAAGAGGGGGGUUUUGAAGAUUCGGAUGUCGAGGAAGUGGAAGCUUGGGGUUGUGAAAAAAGUGAUCUUUUGGGCAAGAAUUUGUUGGAGGUUGAUGAGGAUGAUGAUGCUAAAGAGGGGGGUUUUGAGGACUCGAGUAUAGAGGAAGUGGAAGCUUGGGGUCGUGAAAAAAGUGAUGUUAUGGGCCAGAAUUUGAUGAAGGUUGAUGAUGAUGUGGAAAUUUUGGAUGGUAAGGAUUCAUCCGCGGUAACAACGGGUUUGGAUGAUGGAAAUUUGAAGGAAGAGAGUGUGGGAAAGAUGAUAGACUCAUUAGAUAUGAAACCCACGUCCGAUUCCUACUUUUAUGUCCCUUUGUAUAAGAAACUUCUUGGUUCAGUGGAGAAAAUAAGUGAUAAGCUGAAAAGAAUACAUUUUCAGAUAGGAUUUAAUGAGAAGUGUAUCGAAACGAAUAGGUUGUUGCGGCCUCAAAAGAAAGGAGAACAGGAUAAAGAGGAUGUGAUUGCAGAACCAUUUGUGCCUCUCACUGAAGAGGAACAGGAUGAGGUUUCUUGUGCUUUAUCAAAAUCUAAUCGGAGAAAGGUUUUGGUAACCCAUAAAAGCUCCAAUAUUGAUAUUACUGGAGAAAUAUUGCAAUGUUUGAGACCCGGGCAAUGGUUGAAUGAUGAGGUUAUCAAUGUGUAUCUUGAACUGCUAAAAGAGAGAGAGAAAAGGGAGCCCCAGAAGUUCUUGAAAUGUCAUUUCUUUAACACAUUCUUUUACAAGAAGUUGAUAAGUGGCAGGGGAGGCUAUAACUAUCAAUCUGUUAGGAGAUGGACAUCCCAAAGAAAGCUGGGUUACUGCCUCCUUGAAUGCGAUAAAAUAUUUGUCCCUAUCCACAAAGAAAUACAUUGGUGUUUAGCUGUUAUCAAUAACAAGGAUAAGAAGUUCCAAUAUCUUGAUUCACUCAGAGGAAGGGACAGUAACGUGUUGAAAGUGCUGGCUAGUUACUUUGUUGAUGAGGUGAAGGACAAGUGUGGGAAACACAUAGAUGUUAGUUCAUGGAAGCAAGAGUUUGUUGAGGACCUUCCAGAGCAAAAGAAUGGGUAUGACUGCGGUGUGUUUAUGAUAAAAAAUGCGGAUUUCUACAGCAGAGAUAUAGGCCUAUGUUUUAAUCAGGGAGACAUGCCAUAUUUUAGGAUGAGGACUGCCAAGGAGCUCUUGAGGUUGAAAGCAGAUUAAACAACCUUGUGCUAAGUUGCGCGGACUCUUUACUUUUGGAGAAUCCGAUACACACCUGUUGCCAUUUUUGAAGAGUCCAAGCAAUAUAGAUCUUGAGCAUGCUAUUUUUUUGUAAUGCAGUAUAUCCUGUUUUAACAAAGGAAUGGGUAUGUAGUUCAGUAGUUGGUCUUGGUAUGAUCGACACGAACCCAACUAUUUUUUGAAGACCUUUGUAGUGUUAUUUUGUCGAAGUGUGUUAUAAAUCUUUAGCUAGUUAUACUAUGCAAGAAAUGCUUGAGUUUGGAAUUGCUUUUUUAGGUUAAUUCAGUCUUUUUGAUCCUCGUAGAGCAUUCAAAUUCGACACCAUUUCGAUGAAAUUCAGAGUUGUAAACAUGUGUUUUUUUUCUAUAUUCUUGAGUAUAUGAAAUCAUA